CUCUUUCUUCCCUGCAUAAAUUGCAACUGCAUUCUCCGUUUCCUGUGUAGUUUUUUCUCUGUUAUCUUACUACUACUACCCAGACGGAGCGUAGAUAGCUACGAUGGGGUUCAGAUUCUCGCUUCUGUGUGUUUUAUUUGCUCUUUCAGCUGCGGCGGUGUCGGCCGCGCAUUCCGCGCCGGCGCCGGCGGUGGAUUGCACAACGCUGGUGAUGAACAUGGCGGAUUGCUUGUCGUACGUUACAGUCGGUGGGAACGCGAAGGAGCCGGGGCGUGACUGCUGUAAUGGCCUCGAAUCGGUGCUCAAAACCAACGCCGAGUGCCUCUGCGAGGUGUUUAAGAACAGUGCUCAGUUAGGAAUAACGCUGAAUGUGAGCAAGGCGAUGAAUCUGCCGGUUGCCUGCCACAAAUCAGCGCCUUCUUCUCUUCGCAACUGUGCUGUAAGCGUUGCGCCGGGUGCUGCCCCAGCUCUUUCUCCAGUGCCAUUGUCCCCGAGCCCGUCGUCGAUUGCUGAGGCUCCCGCUUCUGGAUCCGGCGAUACGGAAGUUCCUCCCGUUCCGGCUCCAUCUCCCGGCAGCUCGGCCUCGUCUGCCCUAACCAUUACUUACAUCAACUUCCUGGUCUCCACCAUUGUAGCUGCUGCAUCAUUUGCUCUAUUUUGAGAGCAUUUAGUUGUCCCAUUCCCAUUCCAUUCCCAUUUUGGUUGAGAUGAUGAGAACCGAGUGAUUGAGUUUAUGGCUAUGUAUUGUAGUCUCACUCUCUCUAUGUAUUUUUAUGUAUCCCUUUUAGGUAUGUUGACUUGAGACAGCGGUACAUAUAUGUAUGUAUCUAUCUUUACAAUAUGUGAGGGAUGAGACUUUGCAUUGA